GAUAAUAUUAGUCUCAACGAGAAAGCGAACGAUUUAAGACGUGUUCAACAGACAAAAAAUCAAUUCAAUCGUUAUUGAGAUAUUGUACAACAAAAAAGUAAAAAGCAUUUGAGCGCUUAUAAAAAAAGCAAAUGAAAUAUAUAUAAAAAUACCACAAUUAAAACAAGCAAUAAAUAUACUUGAAGAAAACUUCAAAUAGAAAGCCAUUAAAAAAGUAAAAGUGACAUAUAACGUAUUAAUAAAUAGUUUUCUUUACGCUAAAAUAACCCGGCAUCUGAAGAGCAUAACAGUGUAUUUAAGAAAAGAAAACAAUAAAAACUGAAAAAGUUAAUUGCUACAAAAUAAUCUAAAAAAAAAGUAAAUCAAAAUAGAAAUAAAAAUAAAUUUAAAAACAAUAAACAUAAUUCAGACAAAGCAACAAAAUGUGGAAUCCAACACCGUCAUCAUCAACAGCGACGUCAAGUGAUAAUAAGCAGAAUAUUAAGGAAGUAGUAGAAGUAGAUGAUUGUAAAUGUAGUGGCGUAGAACAAUUAGAUCAACAACACCAGCAACAACAAAAAACUAACAGUAAACAACAAACGUCAACAACAUUUGGCGGUCAAUUGACAGGCUCUACAAAUAUCCAGCAACAACAACAACGUCAUAAUAGAGACGACUUGGACGUAGAAGAAGAAGGUGACGAUAAAAGGAAAUUUUCAGAUUUAGCUGGGGAAACUACAGAUUCCGGCUUUAUUUCGGGACCACAAACAUCAUCUUCGGCCCUUUUGGAUACAGAUAACGAAGAAGCUGGUGUUGCUCGUGGUGGUGGUGAUAUUAAAAAAUUAAAUAUACCGGAAUCUUUAAGUGAACCACAACAACAACAACAUCCAACGCAUAAAACGCAACAGCCCAAUUUGGAUUCGGGUAUUAUUGAGGAAGAGGAAUACGACGACGACGUGUGUGAUUCAGUUGGACAAAAGCAACAACAACAGCAACAAAAAACUACAAACGAACCAAAAAUGAUUUUGCCUCAUAGUGUUGAAUCUGGCAUAUCCGAAUGGUUCUGCAAUUUAAGUUUGCACAAUAAUCCCAAUGCUGCCAAUAAUGUUAAUACCCCGUCAACUGCAUCCAAUUCUCGUACAAAUGCCGUUUCUGGUUUAAAUAAUCUAGAUGCCCCUAAACAAACGCGUUCCGCGCAACAAACUAAAUUAUCUUCAUCAUCAGUAUCGUCAACCUCAUCUUCUUAUGCAGCUGGUUCAACUGCUCAACAACAGUACCAACAACAACAACAAACCGCCACAAUACCACAACAAAUAACUCCAGCUAAUGCCUGGGAGAAAUACUAUCAACAAAACGAUGAUGGAGAUACACCUUUACAUUUGGCCUGCAUAUCGGGUUAUGUAGAUGUUGUUGCUGCCCUAAUACGUAUGGCUCCACAUCCUUGCCUAUUUAAUAUACAAAAUGAUGAAGCCCAAACACCAUUGCAUUUGGCCACCUUAACAGCCCAACCAAAAAUUAUCAGAAUGCUUUUAAUAGCGGGAGCAGAGCCAACGGCGCGCGAUCGUCAUGGUAAUACAGCUUUACAUCUUGCCUGCAGAUCUGGCGAAGAACAAUGUGUACGCGCUUUAACUAUACCCAUUAGUGCCUCCGAAGUUAAUGAAGCCCAUCGUCAAUAUGGUCAUCGUGCCAAUGAUAAAUCCUAUUUAAAAUAUGCCCAAUUACCCUCCGAUUUGGAAAUACGCAAUUAUGAUGGUGAAAGAUGUGUUCAUUUGGCCGCUCAGGCAGGUUUUAUCAAUAUAUUACGCAUAUUAGUUUUAUAUGGAGCUGAUAUUAAUGCUAGAGAAGGCAAAUCGGGACGUACUCCUCUACACAUUGCCAUUGAAUGCUGCAAUGAAGAUUUAGCCAAUUAUCUUUUAGAUGAUUGUCAAAAAUUGAACUUAGAAACAGCUACUUAUGCCGGUUUAACUGCUUAUCAGGUGGCCUGCAUUUUAAAUAAAUCCGAAAUGCAAAAUAUUUUAGAAAAGAGAGGAGCUGAACCUUUAACACCACCUGAUAGUGACUACGAUAGUAGUGACAUGGAAGAUCUUGACGAUUCAAAGUUAUAUGAUCGCUUUGGUGAUCCUGGUUACUUUGUUGGUUAUAAAGGUGGCAAUGCCAUGACGGUGGCUUGAUUGUUUAUAUACUAUCAUUAACCAACCAAACAACCCACUUUAUCCACGCCCAUGCUCUCGUUCUCUCACGCUCCUUUUUUUCUGUAGCCACCAAACAAUAAUGCAAUAAAUAAUUAAAUUAAUUUUGUUAAACACGUUCUUAAAAAAAAUUUAAUUUAAAUCUGACCGAAAAAAACUGUAUAUAUAUAAAAAUUGACCUACCUGCCCCUGCCCCCUAACCGUACUAUCUUAACUAUCGUUUAACGAUUUUUUUGUUUUAUUCCCAUUUAUUAAAAAAUAAAAAGAAAUUCGUUUUU